CUUAUGAACUUGCGGUAAUCGGUUAAAAAAACUUUUUUGAUAUGAAACUUAUUGGUGAUUGCGUGCUGAAAUUAUGAUACGCUGUUACUUUACUGCACCAUGUCUAUCGUGCCGCCUGGUAUGUGUAGAAACAGAAAGCGAGUGAAGCAAUUCUGCCUAAUUGUUGGCUUAUUGUCUAUACUAUGCAACGUACGAUGUGCCUAUCCAAACCUUGCUUCCGCAGGCUGCAACAUUGACGAAAACCACAACCUAAGCUUGAUAUUCCAAACAUUUUGGGAAAAAUACCACGUGAAAAUGCUGGAACGAAAACCGAUGAUCUACGAGUGCGCAUUAAAAGAAGCAGCUUCAUCUUUAUUAGCAAAAGAGCGCCUUCCCGAUCCAGAACAAUGCCUCUUGCGCAAAUUUGAUUGGAAUCAAUGCAAGUGUAAAAUGCAUAUAAAGGAAGUUGCCUAUUAUCUAGUAUUCAAUGUCACCAAAGAACAGAUGCGACAAAACGAAAAAAUGGAGAGUAAAUUUGGUUGCGCGUUGGAUAAGAAGUCCAAACAUGCUUUAUGUAUAAUUUCUAGUGCUAAUUCAUUGUCGUGUAUGAAGUACCUUCGUUUUGCUUGAUACAUUGUCAUACUUACCAUCACCAGAAUAUUUUUGCC